AUGCCUGAGGCAUCCAACAAUCUUGUUCUCCGAUCCCUUUGUGAUAGCAACUAUAAAGGGCCACUGCGCAAAAACGCCAUCAAUAUCAGAAUUGACAAUCGGACAUUACAUGCCUUACAUCACCGGCUAUUCGCCGACUGUGAUCUCGUAUCGCAAGGGCUACAACCAAUAAUAGCAGGAGCGAGGGGCUGUCAUCAAGACCAAGUGGUGCCUGUGACCUCAUUGCCUCAAGACCACUCAUUACAAGAUAUAAUUUUUUCCCGUUUGUUAUUCAUGUUUGUUCACUUGAUUUGUAUAUUUGCCGAUGAUGUCGGAGGUCUACACGGUGUGCGUGAUGUGCUAUCAAACUGGGUGCGCAUCGGAUCUGCAUCUUCUCUCCCACACUCUAUACGACCGAGGGUGAUUAUUGUCACCACUACCACAACCCAAAGUGUCACUCAGGAUGUACUUGAUGAAACAUACCUUCUUUUUGAUAUCCGUUCUACUGAACCCGAGUUCCUUCGGGCAUUUUCCGAUAUCCGUUUUUGCCGUCUACCAUCAGCCGAGCUUUCUUCCGAUGCCCGCUUUCUAUCCCAUAGCGCAGAUAUUUCACGCCAGCUUCAUGACACUCGAUUCACUCGUAUAAAGCAUAAGUUCAUGUUUUCUGCAACUCAUCUCAGUGACCUCUUUAACCUAGCUACACGAGAAAUAUGCUUCUCCCCUCUUAGGGAGUUUGACUUUGUGGCUGCUACAAGACAACAAAACCCACUUGAUGGAGCGUUUAGUUCCCACCUUAUCGACUUUCUUCGAUUAAGUGGAAAAGCCACAAUUCCUUAUGAUGGCAUAAUAUCACAUAUUGCCUCCGCUAUCCUAAUGGAUGCAUAUCUUCCUGGGAUGUAUUGUACGUGA